AUGGCUUGGUUGGAAAGCUUGAAGUCAUCUUCAGCAGCUCGCUUGGUGUCAUCUGCGGCGAGGGAAAUUUUUAGUGAAAGUACGCCAGAAACUGAAGAUCCCAUCGCUGAUUUAAGAAAUUCUCGGUCAAGAAUUGCGGAGUUGGAAUGUCUUGUUGGUGAUUAUAAGUCCGAGAUUCAAAGCUACCGGGAUGAAAUAUCCAAACUAAACCUAAGAAUUGAAUCGCUCGAACUGCAAGUCAUACGCAGCCAGAAAGAAAGUGAUGCUUGUUUACGUGGGAAGGAGGCACAAAUCCAGGAAUUGAUUGCAGAAAUUAAUCUUCGAAGAGGUGAGCCUGAAGGCGAGUGUGUACCACAAAGAGGCUCAAAAUCCGUGUCUGCAGACAGAAGUGGUAGAGCUCUACUUGCAACUGGCGAGAGUUUUUUGCGAUCUGAUGAUGUUGUGGUUCAACAUUCGGAGAAACCGGAGAUCGAAGUCCUGCAUGACAUUGGGGAAGCUGUCGACAGAGUAGUUAACACUGCAGUUCUCGGUGGUAAUAAUGGUGUUAGCGAUGUGGACACGGAUAUUGAUAAUGUGGAGUCGGUUGAGUCGCGUUUCUUUCGAAUCAGAGAGGCGCUUGCGAGCGCCGUAAGUCUUCUGCCUCCGCUCGCAUCUGAUCGCGCUGCAGUGGUGUGGCCGCCGAGGCAGCCGGAGGCACAGGUUGCCGUCCUUGUCGCCGCUGAGGCGGCUUCUCGACAGGAGCUCAUGAAAGCCCGCGCCUACAUUGGUCAGCUACAGCGCCCUCCUCCCAGUUCACUUCCCAACACCAUGGAGUUGCACUCCCAAAAAGUCAGCACUGAUUCCUUCAGUUCCGUCUUGGAUCGCUCGGCCGGGUCGGUUCCUACUGAUAUUAUUCACCAGCAGCAGCCUCUAACACGACUGGUGCAUGUUUGUGAACUCCUGGAGACAACCUUAAUCUCCUGCGCCAAACUUCUCCGUGGUGAAUGCUGUCUUGCUGAUUUUGAUGAAGUCGUCAGUCCUCUUAUGCAAGUAGAAAAGCGCUAUGCAGACAUGGUUGAAGCGCUUAAAUCGGCGUUUGCUUCUACUCCACUGGAGUGCUCCUUGAAAGAAAUUUGCUCUCAAUUGGAAACUUAUGGUAAAGUCACUGCGACAUCAGAUGUGAGUAACCCAACUGCUCUACGGUUGUAUGAACUGCUCUCGAAGAGGAGGGAUCCCCUUCGUGACUUUUUAUUAAACGGCAAAGGAAAGGUGAACGAAGAGGAUCAAAAGAUCGUCGACAAAUUCAACUAUUUGGUAAAAAAGUCGGAAUACAAAGACGCCCUUUCAGAUGCCAUUUUGUGUCUACUUGACGAUAUUGAAACCGGUUCAGAGCGUUUCGACUCGAAUGCAUAUGAUCUUGAUGUGGAUAGCCUCAAUAUUGUUAAACGCUUGACUGCUGCGUUGUUUACAAAAAUCACUACCAUAUGUAGUAACCAGACGGAGAAGGAAGCGAUUGAAGGCAUUCGAAAUCGUAUCAAGUCGAUAGACAAAAAUGAUUUGAUCCCAGAGCUAAAAUCUGCACUGUGUUGUUUAGACUCUUUGUUCAAUGUUAUCGACGACUCAAAAACUGACUCAACGGAAAACUCGUCUACACAGGCCAUUCGGCGAAAGAUUUCCAACUAUACUGUUGCAAAUAAUCUAUUGAAGCUUUUGGCGCUCCAAAAAUUCAGUGAGGGGAAUGAACUAUCGACAACUUUAAAAAUAGUAAAGCUGAUGUUGCAUGAAGGUAAGAGUGAUUCCGCGUCGGAGAAAAUAAAUUGGACCGCCUCAGGUUUAUCUGAAGAGGCCAUUGCAAUAAUUAACUGUUUUAACCAACUAGCGAAAGUUGGUGCGGAGCAUGAGCUUCGUGAUUAUGUGAUAGAAUUGGUUAAUUUUGGUACUUCGAACCUCAAAACUCUGGGCCCUCAAAAUCAGAUCAUUGCCAAGGGAUUGACUGAUAUGUUGAAUCACGUGCACCAGUCCGACUCCAAUGCGGUUGAUCUGUUGGGGGAGGUUGCAGAAGGAAUACGUAACAAUGCUUUUGAUGGACUGGAUGAAAGGAUCAAGUCAACAGAGGGUGAUGAGAGACUGUUGAGCCAUCUAGGUAGCCUGCUGGAAAGUUUUGCAAACUUGAGAGCCAAGUAUGUACAAGCAGAGAAGGACAAAGCAGCACUGAUUCAGCUAGUGCGCAGCAAACACGCAGAGAGCCAGGCCUACCAUACGAAACUAAAGGAAGUUCUCAAUGAACGACAGUCUGUGCAUACAAAUCAAGGCGAGGAUGUUGCCAAGUUGACGGCAAAAAUUGAGCGGCUGGAAUUGCAUUUGCUUCAGAUGGAGGAGAGUCAUACACGGGAAGCUGUUGCAGCGGAGGAGCGCGAGGCGUCUCUGCGAGAGACACUAGGUCAGACAGAGGCGCAGUUGGCCGCGCUGCAGGAAUUCGUUGCCUCGGCCGACGAACAGAUCGGAUGCGCUAUUGAGGAGCGCAACGUCGCUCGUGAGGUCUGUCGUACCUGCCAGGCCGAGCUCUCAGCACUUCAGUUAAACUACAUGAAUCUGCAGAAGGUCCUCGAUGGGCUUGAGAGGGAAAAGCAAACGGAGAGGAAUGCGACGGCGCAGCACUUCCGGCUGGAAAACGAGCGGUUGCGGCAGGAGAUGGGGAGUCUGCAGCAGUGUGUCAAGAACUUGCAGGCAGAAGUCACUCGUCUUGGGAACCUUGAAAGCAUUAAUCACGCUCUUCAAGAACAGCUGGAGCGUCAUGCUGGUCGUCUCUCCGAAGCACAUUCUCUAGCUCGUCGGUAUGAGGAACGCAUCCAAGUUCUCAAGAGCGAAAUGAAGGAUAUGGCAGACGAACUUAAUGGAAAGUUGGAUAAAUCCGUCAUGAAAAGUCUAUUGAUCAGUUGCAUGAAACUUCCACCAGCAAAACGACCCGAAGCGUUUCGUUCUCUUGGAAGCGUCCUUAAUUUCACAUCUGAUGAUUACGAUUUGCUCGGUUUCAAUGAACCGAUCGCCAGAAAUUGGAGGGACCUCUUUUGGAAAUCUGAUACGCCAACGACACAGAAUAGCCUCAAACCCGAGGUUAGUUGCGGCUUAAUGGUGGGUUUGGCUAUCUUAAUUGUGAAGUCGCGUUCAUCGUAG